AUGAGUCUUCGCUUUAUGAUGCAAAGUUUUCGAUUCCGCUCAUCUGCAGCAUCCAAUUUAUUCACAGAAGAAGAAUUGCACGCCAUUCUGGAGUUGAGGAGAAGGACCGAACAACCUCUGAGCAAAACAGCCGAAAAUGUAAUGAGAACAAGAAGCUGGGCAAAAUCGCCUGUGCUAGAAGUAAGCGGAAAGAAGCCACCGGUCAAUUGGAAUAAAGUAGGUAAAAAAGGACAGCGGUUCAACGACGAAGAAGAAGUGGAACAAUCUAUUGUGAAACUGAGAUGGGCAAAUUUUUCUGAAAGAGAUGUUGAUAUUCUUCUUUCUCCCGGCGAAACGCUAUACACCGUGGAAGUCAAAGCUGUGUUGUAUGGGAUAAUUCAAGCAAUUCGGUGGAAUGAAACAAAGAUUCGGAUGAAAAGCUGCAACGAGGUUGUUGUGAAAGUUGCGAACAAAAAAUACACUGCAAGCAAAGAAUCGGCCAGCUUUCAUCUCAUCACUCGAGUGGUGAACGCAACUGACACGAAGUCUCGGGAAAACCAGCUGAAAGCGAAACUCGAUAGUAUUACGGAACCCGACAAGCCGAUCAGGCGUAUGGCUCAAAAGGUGAUGACUGAAAAUGAUUUCUUCAAUGAGUAUCGGGAUAGUAUUAACAAAUUAAAAAGUUAUAACUGA